CAAAAAAUUGUUGCGUUACCAAGGCCAUGAAGGAAAAUUUAGAAAAAACAUGGGUAUCCAAGCUAAGGUCUUAUACGAUAAGCCAGCAAAUAUAUUUCGCCCCAUAACUUUAAUAGAAAAGAAAGAAUUUUUGCAAAAGUUAGAUGAAAAGUAUAAUGUAUCUAUACCCAGAGGAUCUGGCUUUAUUGUAUCUAGUACCAGUUGGACUGAGGAUGAAGAUUUCUCAAUCUUUUUAAAUGCAUUACAAGAAUACGAAAAUGCAUGUAAAAACAAUGAGUUGAAUUUACCAGAUUUAAUUUGUGUAAUAACGGGAAAUGGACCAUUAAAAGAUUUUUAUAUGGCUAUUGUUAAUUUGAAAAAAUGGAAACAUGUUACAAUACGAACACUAUGGCUUGAACAUGAGGAUUAUCCGAAAAUAUUAGCAAGCGCAGACUUAGGAGUAAGCCUUCAUACUUCGUCAAGUGGACUGGAUUUACCAAUGAAAAUUGUUGAUAUGUUUGGCUGCCACUUGCCAGUUUGCGCAUACAAUUUUAAUUGCUUGUCGGAGUUGGUAAGACACAACGAGAACAGUUUGGUGUUUGCAAACGAGAAUGAGCUGGCUGAACAAUUAAAAAUGUGGUUUCAAGAUUUUCCUAAUAAUGAGGCUCAGCGACAGUUGUGUGAAAAGUUUCAAAAGAAUAUUACAUCUCAGUUCCAGCAUCCUAAUAAUUGGCACGUCGGGAAGACUGAAGAGGAGUUGAAUGAUCGGCCAGUUAUCGGUAUUCUGACACAGGAAAUAGAUUAUAAUUUGAACAAGAAAUAUCCUAAUCAGUAUCACAGUUACAUCGCUGCAUCUUAUGUAAAGUUCGUUGAAGGUGCUGGUGCUCGACCUGUUCCAAUUUGGAUUGGCGGAAACGAUUCGUAUUACGAGGAUAUCUUGAAUAAAGUCAACGGAGUUCUGUGGCCAGGAGGUGCAACAUAUUUCUUUCAAAAGGAAGGAUAUGCCGAUGCAGGCGCCGCGAUUUACAGGAUCGCGAAGAAAAUUAACGAGAGAGGCGAGUAUUUUCCCAUACUUGGCAUCUGCCUAGGUUUCGAAUUAUUGACGUAUGUCGCCGCGAAUUGCGUCGAACAUAGGACAAACUGUUCUAGUAAAAAUCAGCCUCUUCCAUUAGAAUUCACACAUGAUUUUAGGGAAGCCAAUUUAUUUAGGCAGGCUCCGCAGGAUAUCGUGAGGAUUUUGGAUGAGGAAAAUGUCACGGCUAAUUAUCAUCAAUUUUGUGUUACGAUGGAGGAUUUACGUCGUGUUAAUUUAACUGACGAAUUUCACGUGUUAUCAUUGAAUCGCGAUAAAAAAGGUUUAGAAUUUAUUUCAACGCUGGAACACAAGCACUUUCCAUUUUAUGGAGUACAAUUCCAUCCAGAAAAGAAUCUCUACGAAUGGGUGACUGGAAAAAAUAUUCCUCACGGACGUAAUGCCACUUUAGUGGGUCAAUAUUUUGCUAAUUUCUUCAUCAAUGAAGCUCGUAAGAAUUCGCAUGAAUUUCCGACGGAGCAAGAGGCGAAACAAAGUCUGAUUUACAACUAUCCUGUUACUUACACAGCUCUGGAAAACUCUACGUAUCAGCAGUGUUAUAUGUUUAAGAAAAGUGACCGUUUUAUAGACGAUUUUUUUAUAGACAACGAAGUAUAAAACUUUAGCAAGUUUUAUUUUUGAGAUAGAAGAAACAUACGUCGCUCUUUUUCAUCAUAUAUAAAUGUAAUUUUGUAAAUACAUUCAUCAAAUUCUCAUCUGCGCAUAAUAGAAACAGAAAUGAAGAUUGUUAAUUAUUUUUAACUAAUUUUUAAAUAUUCGAACUCGUUAGUAGCAUGACGGCACUGGGGAGCACACAAACAAAAUAAGAUUGAUACGCGUAAUUUCCACAUUUAACAUAACACCAGUGUAUAUUGUGUCACAACUGGGAUACAUAAUAUUACAAUGGUGCAUAAUAAAAUUCUAUACAUAUUUUCGUUCUAUCUAAAGUAAAUAAUCAUAUUUUGAAACUUUUUUUUUUCCCUCACCACGUUUUUUUUCGCUCUGAGCCGAAGCGCGCAGAUGUUUCGUACUUCAGAUAACGCUCUGUACGAGUCUAGAUUCAACGUAACGUGUAUUACACGUCGGUUACGAUAAACGACAACGAUGAAAAUGGUGUCUAAACAGCGUCGUUUUACAAUUUGCUUCGACUCACAACGCUCGGAACGCAUACGGAUCUGACUUGCCAUUAAUCUUCAUCUUUAUUUUUAAACAAGCACGAAACUAAAUCUCUUAAAAGCAUGAA